AGUUGACAGUUGUUCAUCCAGUCGGCAGGGGCGGUAGAGUUUUUCUUGGCGCGGUUGAACCCGCUCGGCGGACCGCAGAGGAACAGCAAGAAUGCAGCGAGACAAAACCGGAAGCUCCGGCGGCGGGGAUAAGCCGGACAGAGAGACUGCCAUCAUGUCUAAAUACUAUGAUGGGGUCGAGUUUCCCUUCUGUGAUGAAUUCUCUAAAUAUGAGAAGCUGGCAAAGAUCGGCCAGGGCACCUUCGGGGAGGUGUUCAAAGCCAAACACAGACAGACGGGGAAGAAGGUGGCUCUGAAGAAAGUACUGAUGGAGAACGAGAAGGAAGGGUUCCCGAUCACAGCGCUGCGUGAGAUCAAAAUCUUACAGCUGCUCAAGCAUGAGAAUGUAGUGAACCUCAUUGAGAUCUGCAGAACAAAAGCCACCCAGUUUAAUCGUUAUAAGGGCAGCAUCUAUCUAGUCUUUGAUUUCUGUGAGCAUGACCUUGCCGGGCUGCUGAGCAACGCUAAUGUUAAAUUCACCCUGGCUGAGAUUAAGAAGGUGAUGCAGAUGCUGCUGAAUGGACUUUACUACAUACACAGAAACAAGAUUCUCCACAGAGACAUGAAGGCAGCCAAUGUUCUGAUCACCAGAGAUGGAGUUCUGAAGCUGGCUGAUUUCGGGUUGGCUAGAGCGUUCAGUUUGGCCAAGAACAGUCAGGGGAACCGAUACACAAACCGGGUCGUCACACUGUGGUACAGACCGCCUGAACUACUGCUGGGAGAGCGAGACUACGGGCCUCCUAUAGAUCUGUGGGGUGGAGGGUGUAUCAUGGCAGAGAUGUGGACCAGAAGCCCCAUCAUGCAGGGCAACACAGAACAACACCAGCUCACCCUUAUCAGCCAGCUGUGUGGCUCUAUUACACCAGAGGUUUGGCCUGAAGUAGAUAAGAAGUAUGAACUCUAUCAGAAGAUGGAGCUUCCUAAAGGCCAGAAGCGUAAGGUGAAGGACAGACUAAAGGCUUAUGUGAAAGAUCCGUACGCUCUGGACCUCAUAGACAAACUGCUGGUUCUGGAUCCGGCUCAGAGAAUAGACAGCGAUGACGCCCUCAACCAUGACUUCUUCUGGUCCGACCCCAUGCCCUCUGACCUCAAAAAUAUGCUGUCCACGCACAACACCUCCAUGUUUGAAUACCUGGCCCCUCCACGCAGAAGAGGUCACAUGCCCCAGCCGCCAACCAAUCAGAACAGAAACCCUGCCACCACCAGCCAAUCAGAGUUCGACAGGGUGUUUUGAUCAAAUGGUCACUGGCUUGGACAGACUGUGAUUGGUUGAGAAGGAGGGAGAGACUUCUGAUUGGGUGAAUAGGUGGAACUAUGAGUUGACUCACCUAAUCACAACAUUUCUAUGUAUUUCUUGAGUUGUCGUUCCUAAACAGUGUUGUGUUGAACAUCCACUGAGUAGGCUGACACAAUGUAGUUUUUCCACUUCUGUUGCAUUCAGACAAGUUCUGUCUUGGUUUCAAAAGAAUACUGAUUGAGAAUCAGCCUAGCCCAGUUGUACUGAUAUGAAUUGCUUAAUGAUUACUAACUGAGCUGAUUCGGGAACAACUUUCACACUAUGAGUGUAUUAAUGUGCUCUCAGUUAAUUGUUGGAGAAAAAAAAAGAACAGCUCAAAUUGUUUUGACUGAAAGGUGAACAUAGGCUGAUGUUAACAGGCUGAUGUUCAUGUGUACUUAGACUGUUCACAGGUUUCCAUUUUCAUGCACAAUUAGUCUAUUAUUGGAUUCAAGUAUCCUAAUAAGUUGAUUUUCGUUUAAAAAUACCUGAAGUGAAAGCAAGUUUACUUUGUCUCGGAGUCCCUUCGACAGUUAUUUAAACCCCUGGUCAUCCUUUUCAGAUUUUAUUGUUAAUUUACAUUUUUAAAAAUUAUUUUAUUUUGUAAGAUCAUGUGUUUGUGUUGGGUUGGAUUUAUUGUGUAUAAGUUACUUGUAAGUAUAAUGCACUAAUAAAAUCCACUUUCCCCAACCUUUCUGUUCUCCAAUUACUUUUGGAGAGGGCCCAACCCACUUCUAGAGUUUUCCUGCCCUUUUUUGGAGUUUUCCGCACCCAUUUGGAGAUCUCCGGGCUGUAGCUAUACCUACUUGAUUUUUAAGGCUCCACCGUGUAGUGUUCCUUCCUUUGUAUGCUACUUACCUUCGCUUUCAGGUCGGAAACAAAGUGAAAACAAAUAAAAAGUGUAUAAGCAGGAUUAAAUACAUCUGCAUUACUUUUACACAACCUAUGGUUCAAUAUCAAUGUGUAAUAUAUAAGAAAUUAUUUAUUUUGGUAAAGCAAACUGGGAAGGGUCAGUCAUUAGCUUUACAAUCAGUGACCGUAAGCUCUUUCACACAUAACAAAUUAAUAUUAUUGAAAUACAGCAAUGAAGUUUUUUUUUUUUUUUUUUUUUUUAAAUCUACUGCAGAGUUGCUCUCCACAAUCUUCAGGUCGACAUGACUCGUCCAAUGUCUCAACCCACCAACUCUGGUAUCUAGAAUUCUGAGUUUCAGAAUAGUAAAUUAGACUUUUUUUAUUUUUAUUUUGGUUAUUCAUGUGCUCGUAAUGAUAUUUGGUCUAUCUGAUUUACACAAAUACUGGUUUAUUUCAUAUUUCUUUAGAAAAUAUACUUUAUUUUGUAAAUUAAGAUUAUUGUUAUGUUGACACCUAUGAGAUGUUUCAAAUGUUAAUUGGCCUACUAACACAAGUGUAGAUUAAAUACUGUGUUUUAUGUUUUGUUAAAACAGAAUUUUUUUUAAAUGAAAAUUGUAGUACAGAGUAGAAUCAAAAUGAUGCCCAGCAAACAGUGGAUUGAUCAUCGUCAUUCAAACAAAUACAAGAAAAGGACACUAAUGGAAAAACAACAAAAAAACAAGAAGAGUCACAAACCAGUCGAUCAACAGACAAACACAGUGGCACUUGUUAGAUGGAACAGCAUGGUGUGUCUGUGACCAGAAUGUACGUUUUGUUGUUGUUUUUCACUAUAUUAAAGGGAUAGUUCACCCAAAAA